CCGCCCCGGAAGCGGAACUCUGAGCGCGGAGUUUAAUCUGCAAAGGCGCUCGCGCGUUUUUUCAGUCUAGCUCCCCGCGCGUUCAGAGAAGGACCACCUGAGCAGGUAAACGACCACGGCCUUCCGUGAUUACUGGUCAGACAUGGCGACCCCUCCGAAGCGGCUCCGCGGGUCUCAGAGCGGCUCCCCGCUCAGCAGCAGCGGCUCCCGCAGAAACAGAAAGAUCUCCAUCGAGGGAAAUAUCGCUGCAGGUAAAUCCACCUUCGUCCGUCUCCUCCAGGCCUCCUCCGAGGACUGGGAGGUGAUCCCAGAACCGAUCGGGAAAUGGUGCAACGUCCAGAACGACGGCGAUGAUAUUUACCAGGAGCUGAGCUCCUCCCAGAAAAGUGGAGGAAACCUCCUGCAGAUGUUGUACGAUAAACCCAGCCGCUGGGCCUACACCUUCCAGAGUUAUGCGUGCCUCAGCAGAGUUCGAGCUCAGCUUCAGACUCCAUCGGCCAAACUGCAGCAGGCAGAAAAUCCCGUUCAGUUCUAUGAACGCUCCGUCUACUCAGACAGGUAUGUGUUCGCAUCCAACCUGUUUGAGAGCGGUGACCUGAUGGAGACAGAAUGGAGCGUUUAUCAGGACUGGCACACCUGGUUACUGAACCAGUUUGAAACGGAUAUUGCUCUGGACGGCAUCAUCUACCUGAGAGCCCCCCCACAGCGCUGUAUGCAGAGGCUGCUGCAUCGUGGUCGGGAGGAGGAGCAGGGAAUUCCUCUGGAGUAUCUGGAGCAGCUUCACUUCAAACAUGAGGCGUGGCUUUACCACAGGAACCUCAGGCUGGACUUUGAGUACCUCACUGAACUUCCUGUUCUGGUUCUGGAUGUUGACGAAGACUUUAAGAACGAUCGGAUCAAACAGGAAGAAAUUGUUGACAAGGUCAGAGAGUUUCUCACCCCACUAUGAAGCUCCUCCAUUCACACCUCAGAACAUCAGCACCAGAGUUCCUAGUUGGACAACAGCUCUCUUUUUUUUUAUCACUUUGUAAAGUUUAAUUUUUCCGUUUUUUAUAGUUGGAGGGUAAAAUGUCUUAACUGUGUGUGUGUGUGUGUGUGUUCUUCAGGGCAUUUUCCUGAAACCUGCUCAUUUUGGGUUAGGUUUAGGAUGUGUGAAUUGAGUUUAGGUCGGGGUCAGGGGUCAGACCAUAGAAAUGACGUCCUGAUAAAGAUAGAAAGACAGGGAUGCGUGUGUGUAUUUGUGCUUUUUUAUAUAAGCUCUUAAACAUCCUUAACUGUUCAUGUUUCUUUCACAAAGGCAUCAUGACAGGGAGCCUGUCAUGAUGCCUUUAGGGAAACUCCCUAGUUUCUGUAAAUAAAUGAAAUCAGACUCAAA